AGAGAAAAGUGCUUACAGAGUCUGUACAGACGAGUUUAAAAUGUUUAAAUGAUUAUAUGAAUAAGAAGACAUUAACUGGAGCCAUUCCAACUUGUUAAUAGGGACUCUCGCCAGAGAAACAAUGACAAACCAUGCUGCGGUUCACAGUGUAAAGGUGUUGACGAUGGACACCAUGAACCAGAACGUGAAGAGGGUGGAGUACGCAGUGCGCGGGCCCAUCGUGCAGAGAGCCGUGCAGAUUGAAAAAGAACUUCAACAGGGAGUGAAAAAGCCCUUCACUGAAGUGAUUAGGGCGAAUAUUGGUGACUGCCACGCCAUGGGCCAGAAACCCAUCACUUUUUUCAGACAGGUGCUGGCUGUUUGCUUAUAUCCUGAUCUUCUGGACGAUGACAGAUUUCCAGAAGACGUGAAAGGUCGAGCACGACGGAUCCUUCAAGCCUGCGGUGGAGGAAGUUUGGGCUCUUACAGCAUCAGUCAGGGGAUUGAGCUUGUUCGACAGGAUGUGGCGCAAUACAUUGAGAAGAGAGAUGGAGGGAUCAAAUGCAAUCCAGACAACAUCUACCUCACAUCUGGAGCCAGUGAUGGCAUUGUGACGAUGCUGAAGCUGCUGGUCUCAGGUGAAGGAGCUUCUCGGACUGGAGUAAUGAUCUCCAUCCCUCAGUACCCGCUGUACUCUGCCGCUCUCGCCGAGCUUGCCGCUGUGCAGGUUAAUUAUUAUCUGGACGAAGAAGCAUGUUGGAGUUUAUGCAUCCGAGAGCUGCGGCGUGCGCUGGAGGAAGCAAGGAAGCACUGCACACCUCGAGUCCUGUGUAUCAUCAACCCUGGAAACCCAACUGGUCAGGUGCAGAGCCGACAGUGCAUUGAGGACGUGAUCCGAUUCGCAGCUGAAGAAAACCUCUUUCUAAUGGCAGAUGAGGUCUAUCAGGACAACGUGUACGCAGAUGGCUGUGAGUUUCACUCGUUUAAGAAAGUGCUGUUUGAGAUGGGUCCAGAGUUCUCAGACCGAGUGGAGCUGGCUUCAUUUCAUUCAACGUCCAAGUGCUACAUGGGAGAGUGUGGAUUCAGGGGUGGCUACAUAGAGGUGGUGAAUUUGGACCCUGAGGUCAAAGUUCAGCUGACAAAGCUGGUCUCAGUGCGUCUGUGUCCUCCUGUAACCGGACAGGCUUUACUGGACCUGGUGGUGAAUCCUCCUGAACCGCAUGAACCCUCGUACAACAUAUUCAUUAAGGAGCGCUCAUAUACUCUGGCUGAAUUAGCGAAGAAAGCUAGCAUGACACAGCAGAUUCUCAAUCAGGUGCCGGGGAUCAAGUGUAAUCCAGUCCAGGGAGCCAUGUACACCUUCCCUCGCAUUCACAUCCCGCCUAAAGCCGUUUCUGCAGCUCAGGAGAGCGGUCAAGCUCCAGACAUGUUCUACUGCAUGAGACUGCUCGAGGAGAUGGGCAUCUGCCUCAUACCAGGAAGCGGAUUCGGUCAGAAAGACGGAACGUAUCAUUUUAGUGCAUAACUUGAAGAUUGCUGUACACCAACGCAACCCAUCUAACUUGAAGGAGAUGGAGCAGUUUUGCCUUGAGGAAUGGGCAAAAAUCCCAGUGGCUAGAUGUGCUAAGCUAAUAGAGGCAUACCCCAAGAGAAUUGCAGCUGUAAUUGCAGCAAAAGAUGGCUCGACAAAGUAUUGACUUUGGGGGGUGAAUACCUAUGUACACUCCAGAUUUAUGUUUGUUCAUCUUAAUUAUUGUUUGCAUCACAAUUAAAAAAAAACCCUUUAAAGUGGUAGGCAUUGUGUGUAAAUCAAUGGUGCUAACCCCCCAACAAUCUAUUUUAAUUUGAGCUCGUGAUGCGACAAAACAGGACAAACACCAAGGGAGACAAAUACUUUUGCAUGACACUGUAUACUGUAUUAUUUUAGUGUUUCAUUAUGAAUCUGACCAACU